AUGCUCUACGUAGUCCAACUAAGGAACUUGUGCGACGAUGUCUUUCUUCCUUCCUAUUAUAUUCUGUGGAAGGAAACGUUUUCAUGUAUUUGCUUCCUGCAAUUCAUCUACUUAACGUUUCAAAUUCCUUUCGUUCUGUUUGUUGGAUUGUCUCAUAGCAUCGAGGUUAUUGCCCUCGGCAACGGUCAAGCCAGUCGCGAAACUGGUAUGUGGCUGAGUCAGCUGAUUUCUUCCGGCCGCUUUCACCCUCUUACGGUUCGUUAUGCCGUCGUACCGGAGGCCGGCGCGUCCGUGUACAGUGCAUCGAUCGCAGCUUGUUCUGAGUUGGCCUCACUGGAUGUGAGUAUGCGUGGCGCGGUCUCAAUCGCUCGACGUUUGCAAGACCCAUUGGCUGAAUGGCACGAUUUGCCCGAACGACGACUGGUGGCCGCAGUGAACGCAACCCUGGAGGAGUGCAUCAGUUUUGUCGGCGUGGAUGUGAAUGCAGCUCCUGUGCACAUUUUGUCCCGGGUAGCCGGUCUGUCUGAGUCGAAGGCGAAAGCGAUUGUGGAGCAUCGGUCCCGUAUCGGCCGGUUUCCCACGCGAGCGUACUUGCUCAAGGUCUGUUUUGUUCGUGUCCGCACGGUUUCCCGUGCUGGUGUCAAUGCACGUGCACUUGAUUUGACCAUAAGUGACCUUAAAUUGAAUGGAUCAAUACAAUCAAUGUAUCGAACAAUCAUGUUUCAUCUGUGA